AUGUUUUCCACAGCUACCCGGAGUGGUGAGUGGAGAGCACCGUGUUCGAAUCGGAGUCGGACUGGAACAGCGGGGGACCGGAAACUCGAGGGGAAGGUCAGGACAGCAUCGGCGGGGGGAUGAGUGGAGGCUCCCUGCUCCGUGUGUUGUGGCAGAGUGCAGGAUUUGGCAUCAACCUCUUCAGGCUGGGCAGACCUGCCUUGGGCAGUAGGCUACUGCGUGCAUCACCUGGACAUCCACUGCCAUUCUGGGCUGCUCACUCCACACCAAGGCAGUGUUACAAUGUGAAAAAUACAGCCCAGCCUAUUGAGGAAGAAGUUGGACCCUUCACCAAACUGAUUGAAGCAUUAGGAUUCACUGGACCGCUGAAGUACAGCAAAUGGAAGAUUAAGAUUGCUGGUCUACGCAUGUACACGUGCUGUGUGGAGAAAAUAGACUACGAAGAACUCUUUGAAAGAUGCAGUUUGUCAGACACACUGAGCUCAUGGUUUCUGGUCACACAGCUUCACGUCUGGAUGGCCCUGGUGCGUAUGAAACAGGAAGGUCGUGAGGGCAAAUAUAUGUGCAGAUACAUUGUGCACUCCAUGUGGGAGGACUUGCAGCAACGGGGAAAAAUAAUGGGGAUCGAAUCGGUUGUGUUGAAGCAGCACAUACGAGCUAUGACGGAAAACUUCUACGCUGCUAUAUUUGGGUAUGAUGAGGGAAUAUUGUCAGAUGAUCGUGUCUUGGCUGCAUCUCUGUGGAGACACUUCUUCAAUAAACAGUGCGAAGACCCAAGACAGCUGGAGCUGAUGGUCGAAUAUGUCCGCAAACAGAUCCAGUACCUGGACUCGAUGAAUGGAGAGGACCUGCUGCUGACCGGGGAGGUGAAGUGGAGGCCUCUGCUCGAGGACAACCCCCAGAGUAUCCUGAAACCAGACCCACCUGCCUACAACGACGAGGGCCUCUGACUCAAGUGUGCCUUCCCACCUCAGCGCUCAGUGACAAUCGUAACCUGUGACUAAGCCAACUCCAUUUCUCAAUCCAGUUUCAAAAAGAUUUGUAUUUAUUCCUGGGUUUUUCCCCUGCCCCCAACCCAAUCCACUGGUUCGGAUUCUAAUCCUGGGUUGGAUUCUAAUCCUGGGUUCUUUGUCCCCUACCUGAAAUGUCCCUGUCUUGGAGUGGGUGAGACAGGUAGUGCUCCUACCCUGCAUCGUUUCCCGGUUCACUCAAGGGAUCUUUCUCAAAGCCUUGAUCCAAGCCGAACCAGGCUAAAGCUGGACUCUGGGUGGCCUAGCAGACACGGUUUAAAAGGAGAAGAUGUAACUUGUGUUUCAGGCAAUGUGGGAACUGAUUGAGCUGAAAUCUUAUAAUUAAUCCUUUCUGUCGGUUAUCUAACGAUGGGGCUUCUUUUAAGCUAGAUGAGCCCAAGGUUCAAACGCACUGUAGAAAAGUGUGGCGUGCAAGCAAGGUGAGCAGAAAAUGAGGCACACAUUGCUGGUGCAAAAUGCUGCUGUUGAACAAAGCUCGUAAACUGACCUGUUGUCUUUAUUUUAGACUGGAAAGCCUCAAUAAAAUCCUAAAUCGCAAGAACAAACUGUAAAGCAGGGUGCUGCAUAUGAGAAAUACACUGUGUUUCAAUAAAAAAACCAAAGUUUCCUCUGCACACAAACUAGUUACGUCAAAGUUGGCUGAAAAGUGGUGUAGAAUGGGUCUGCAUAAAAGGAAAAAGUUUUUUUUCUUAGAGAGCUGGACUGGUAGCCAAAGACAUUAUGGGGGCUGAAGGCUGUGAGUGUCCCAUGUGCCCUCUCACCCUCAGCUCAGCUUCUCCCGGGAGAGUUCAUAUUUCUUCUACAGCCCAUCAUACCUACUGGGACAUAGACUGCCAGCAGCAGAUCGCCAGAGUCCUCUGUCCUUGUGGCUUCUGGUUUCGCCACCCAACUCUAUAUGCCUUCAGACAAAGAUGAGGUCUUUGCAGCUCCUGUUUCUGUAGCUCUGGGUUUUUACUGGAUGGGGUUGCUAGCUCCACGCUCAACCCUCCUCCUUUCGCAGUUGGGAGAGUUUAUUUUUGUUCUUGAAAUAAAAAACAUGGGACGGACUUCUCAGUAAUUGAAUAACUUGGAUUGCAAGUAUCGGGAACUCUGGUUUUGAAUUCACUGGGAUCUCAUCACUGCCGCCCCACCAUUCCUCCCCCCUUUGCACUUGUCUUGUGCGCUCUUGCUGAGAGACUGAGUUCUCCACUAAGUUGGAAUCCUGGUGAAGAAAGAUUCAGACUGCAAAUGACAAUACAGGAAAGCACUGGCCUGGCAACACAACAGUGUCUACUUGUAUCUGGAGUGGAGAGCAGGAGGCUGCCAGUUCUCUUCCUUGGUGUGGUUUCUGAGCCUGAACAUCAGGGCUUUUUAUGUAACAAUAUAAAAGUCCGUUUCUAUCAAGUUCCUUCAGUUUGUACUGAAAAGGUUCAGUCAGCCUGUUUCCCAGUGCAGUGGGGUUUCAUUAUUGCACUGUAUCAGGUAAUGUUUCAUUCAGUUGCUAUGCAGGUCGUACUGUGUCCUGUGGCAAUUAACUUACCUGUGAGCAUCAUCGUCUGCACCACAGCCCCUGCACUCCACUCACUAGUGGUGUGGUUCAGAAUGAAAGAUUUAACAGUAACUGAUCUCAGCAGGAAAAGUAGAUUAUUUGUCAGUUUUGGUGGCAAAAAAAUGUACUUGAAGGAAGAAUAAAGUGUGUACUUUGAA